AUGGCAUCUCAAAAAACUUUGACAUCUGAAGAUGGAAACAUCAACCAAACCGAAAUUUUGUCUGAGGCCAAUGAGCUGCAGUUCGAGAAUGCUGUUUCGCGGUCUGACAAUGAGACACUCAAUGCCUUCACAAUGUUAUUGGAUUUUUGGAGAAAUCAAUUCCCGAACGUGUCCUCGUACUUGCUUAACUUAUGGGUGGUCUUGGCAUGUAUAGUCAACGAAAUUAUUGCUUUAGCAACGCUCGAGUCUCCUUUGUGGAGGAGAUCACAACGUGAAGAGAUGCUGACUCUGAACGAAUACUACUCUCGAUUCUUUCCUUGGUACGCAAAAAACGUCCCAAGGUUUGUCCAUGAGGCGUCAAGAGCUUCUGAAGUAAUCCACGUUGAUGCUUCAUGGCUUUUGACAAAACUUAAAAACCCUAUGCGUUGGGUGACUAUUUUCCCAUCACUCGUUGGAAAUGUGUCAAUCGAAUCAAGCAACGACGAUGUUAGGAUGAUCAUUGAUAUGGAGUUUCUGACAUUAAUUACCCCGGUCAUUCCGACCCGAAAAGUAAAAGUUCUCCGAUAUUGUCACCGUAUAGCAAAUGAUACAUGGAUUAUAGCGGAUAUCUCCAUGUACUUAAGCUCCUAUUCAGACGAUUUACGACCUGAGUUUCUCAGAUUUCCUUCUGGAUUUAUUAUUAAACAUGUAGCAAGGAUAUUCAGAGUAACUAAUUCCGCCGGUAAGAACAACUUGCUCCAAGCAUCAAAACGUUUGGUUCACAUAUUUUGCUCCGGUACGUGUGGGGUAAUCGGGAACCGAGGGAGGUGGCUCGGUGCGGGUCGAAGGUUUGACGUCAGAGUUUCCAGUCUAGAGAGUCGGGACAUGAUAAGGCACCCUUAUGGUAUUAUUAGCGCUAGCGGUUUGACUAAAAUACAUGCUAAACCGGAAAUACUAUUUCCUUUAAUCUACGGUGUAAAGAAACUAGAGAUACAUAACCACUUACGAUUAUCUGGAAAUGAUUUAAAACAAGUCCUUCGGAUCACAAGAGACGACAUUACUUCGAGGAAUGACGUCUCCCUAUUCAGUUUCCGGCUGAAUAAUUCUACGGAGGUGUUUUUGCUUCAAGAAGCAUACAAUGAGGCAUCAUCGUCGAUGGUGAUCCACUCCAUACUUGACGUGUCAUCUCUUGCGAAGAUUAUAAACGGUGACCGUUCCUACUCCUUUACCUAUCCGUGUGGAUUCACCAUAAUGCCGGGCCAAAACUCCGGCGAUGAAGACGCUGGAUGUGUUGUGUCUGUUGGAUUUCUGACGAUUGCAACUGAAGAGAUUGUAGCGAAUACACUGGUGAGUGAUGUGGAGAGAGGAAUUUAUCUGCUACUAUUACAAAUUUCGAGAAUGUCUUAG